GUAUAUAUUAGUUAAUUUUUCUGUGCAAUCAUCAUCACUGAUGAUUCAUCAGUCUGUAAAUUUUACCAGGAAGGAGUACAACAGUACCAAAGCAACAAGCGCUUGAAAAUUUCAGUAUGGCCUUAAAAGGAAUCAAAGUUUUGGAGUUAGCUGGUCUCGCUCCAGGGCCCUUCUGUGGAAUGAUUUUGGCAGAUUUCGGAGCAUCUGUUAUCAGAGUAGACAGGAUUGGAGCUCAAACAUUAGAUCAUUUGGGCUAUGGAAAGAGAUCGAUAGCAUUAAAUUUAAAAUCUGAAGGUGGUAUCAAUAUUUUCAAAAAAUUAAGCGACCAAAGUGAUGUUGUUAUUGACACAUACAGGAGAGGUGUCAUGGAAAAGUUGAAGAUUGGACCAAAGGAACUUAUGGCCACAAAUAAAAAGUUGAUAUAUGCUAGAUUAACUGGAUAUGGUCAAAAUGGUUCUUAUGCAGAUAUGGCUGGACACGAUAUAAAUUAUUUAGGAUUAUCUGGAUUACUGUCUUUAUUUGGUCGUCAUAAUGAAAAACCUACACCGCCUGUUAAUCUGGCCGCUGAUUUUGGCGGCGGUGGUUUAAUGUGUGCUCUCGGAAUAACUUUAGCACUAUACGAUCGAACCAAGAGCAAUGCUGGGCAAAUAGUAGAUGCAUCUAUGGUCGAAGGAUCUGCGUACUUAGGAUCUUGGUUAUUCAGAUCCCAAAAAUUCCAUGGUCUGUGGGGAAAUCCACGUGGCAAGAAUGUUUUAGAUACAGGUUCACAUUUUUAUGAUACAUACGAGACCAAAGAUAAGCUUUACAUGUGUGUUGGAGCUACCGAACCACAGUUCUAUGAAAUCUUUAUAAAGAAGCUUGGUCUUUCGGAUAAUGAAGUACCGCAGUAUGAAAAUUUUGAAGAGAAUCGUGACAAAAUUGCAGAAAUUUUUAAGAAAAAGACUCAAGCUGAAUGGUGCGCUAUAUUCGAUGGCACUGAUGCAAGCGUAACACCACUCCUAAGCUUGAAAGAGGCCACAUCACACAGUCAUAAUAAACAGAACAAGUUUUAACAA